CUUCAUGUGAUCGCUCAAGAAGUCUUAGACGUCACUGUUGCUACAGAUCUCACGAAACACUCUGGCGGGGACGAUUCGUGGCUAUACUAUGGUCAGCUGCUUCUUUUGAUACAGCCUGAGCUGUUGGACUUAUGCAGGGCUCGUCGGGUUGCUGAAAGAGCGAAGAACGAUAGUGAGGCAGCAAAGUGCACGCACCCACUACCUCCUAGCGUGAUUUGACAAGAGUGUCAAUAGUGAAAAAGUAAAGUUUAUUGGCGGGGCACCCUGGAUAGUGGAUGGUAUGGAUGGAAAAUGUCAGGUCCUUUUAGUGAGCUCAUGGCCACCGUCGCCGUUCUCGAUACCAGUAGUCGGCAUCCUCCUCUCUUCUCCAUCCUUUCAACUCCUCCAGCUCCACAGUCCACACCAUGGCCGACAUCUUGAGGCGAAACACUGCCAUUGAUACCAAUGGACAUAUCGUCAAUGGCAAGACCGUUGAUAUUCAUAUCACCGACGAUGGCUCCAGCUUCUACUUUGCGAUCUGCGCGGUAAUGGGUACUGUGGGAUUGGGCGUCCUCGCCUCGUCUCUGAUGAAACCACGCACCCAUCGCGUCUUCUUCUACAUUACUGCGGCUGUCAACAUUACGGCCGCCGUCGCGUACUUCAGUAUGGGCAGCAACCUUGGUUGGACACCAAUCGAUGUCGAGUUCGUGAGGUCAGACUCCAAGGUCGCUGGCAUGAAUCGCGAGAUCUUCUACGCACGAUACAUCGAUUGGUUUGUCACCACGCCUCUUCUGAUCAUGGACCUGCUUCUCACUGCUGGUCUUCCCUGGACAACAAUCAUCUGGACCAUCUUCCUCGACGAAGUCAUGAUCGUCACGGGUCUGGUUGGCGCACUCGUCAGCACAAGCUACAAGUGGGGCUAUUUCGCGGCUGGAACCGCUGCCAUGUUCGGAAUCUUUUACAACCUCGCCAUCCACGGACGCAAAUCCGCAGCCCAUCUCGGCACGGAUGUCGUUCGUACCUACACAAUUUGUGGUGUCUUGACAUUGUUCAUCUGGCUGCUCUACCCCAUCGCGUGGGGUAUCAGCGAAGGUGGUAACCUCAUCUCACCAGAUGGCGAGGCUGUCUUCUAUGGUAUCCUGGACCUUAUCGCCAAACCAGUCUUCUCCAUCGCUCUGAUCUUCGGACACUGGAACAUCGACCCGGCGAGAAUGGGACUCGUCCUCCGUGACUACGAUAGUGACCCGGAUUACUUCCACAUCGCCAAAUCUGGAGGACAUGGCGAGAAGAAUGGCCUUGGAAAUGGUACAGCCCACGACGCUGUUGCCGAUGACCAAGGAGGUCCAUCUGCCUCCGGUGGUGCUGCUGCCGAGGCGGACAAGGUCUGAUGAAGACAGUCAAUGAUAUACCUCACAUCAUGUAUUGGUGGAGGACGACAGUAUCGGGUGUUGACCGAAUGAAUCAACGAUUGGAAUUGCUUUGUAGGAGCGAAGAUACCCUUUCGGCGACGGCGUGGUCGUAAUGUUAAUUGAUUGUAAUUUUCGUCUGAAAAGUGUUAUUGCUGUAGCAAGAAAUGCAAAACUGUCGUUUGAGCAUCUUCAUGAUU